AAGGACUUGUAUGAAGAUAUCAAGGACCAAAGUACCUAAUGGCCGAGACUGAAGCUGCUGUAGUGGCGGCUCAAUUGCGCGCCGCUGUGCGCAAUCUGCGCGUCCGUGGACUAAAGCAGGCCACGCAGUUCGCAGCAGAGCUUCUACUCGGCAUGGGUGACGCUGCAUACGGCCAGUCGUCGUACAUACAGAGGAAAAGCGAUGAGGAUAACAGCGAGACGGAGGAUUGGGCGGAGGCCGAUCGAUUCGAGGCUGCCAAAGCCUGUUUCGACGUGGGCGAAUACCUCCGUGCCCACCACAUGCUCUCGCACACUGGAAGUGGCGAUGUCGAUGCUCUUCGUUGCCCCACUCAGAAGACGCGCUUCCUGAAAUACUACGCGCUGUAUCUGGCUGGAGAGAAGGCAAAGGAGGAGAUGGAUCUCGAGAUGAACGUGACAGGCAGCAGCAAAGAGGUAGAUCGCAAUUUGCACCGUCAGGGCUCGAAUCCUCAUCUAAAGGAGCUGUACUUGGCUCUCAGCGCAGCAUACCAGCAGAACUCGCUGGACGGAUUCGGUCUCUACUUGUAUGCUGUCGUUCUCAAGCGUCUAGGCUACAGCACAAGCACUGGUAGUACGCAAGCACAGUCGUCGACACCAGUCAGUAUGAAGACCCGCCAUCGUGCAGAUUUUGCCGAAGAACAGAAACGGCAACAAGUUGACGACUCCAAUGCCAGCCAACGUAAUAGAACAGAAGACUCAGGAGCUGCCACCACAUUGACAUUCGACGUUACCACUCGAUUCAUCCUCAUUGAGUCCAUCCGACGGUAUCCAUGGAACUGGUCAGCCUGGAUGGAACUCGCAGCACACUCUCCUUUCACGUCCAGUGAAGAAGAGGUUAUCCUUGCGACGAGCUGUCCCUGGAUGUUUCAACUCUUUCAAGCCCACGUCCUGCUUGACCAACAGCAGAAUGAUGCUGCACGAGCGCUGCUGACGAGUUUAGAAGACCACUUCCCGCAAAGCACAUAUCUCUUGGCGCAGCAAGCGUUAACCAGCUACCACAUUCGAGACUUCGACCAGUCCCAAGAGCAAUUCGAGCGACUAGCAGCACAGGAUCCGCAUCGAAUGGAAAGCAUGGACGUCUACUCGAACGUGCUGUAUGUAAAAGAAGACAAGACCGAGCUCAGUCGACUAGCUCAUCGAGCUCUUAAAGUGGAGAAAUACCGACCGGAAACGUGCUGUAUCAUUGGUAACUACUACUCCAUCAAGAACAAGCACGAUCGCGCGAUUGUUUACUUCCAUCGUGCAUUGAAAUUGGACCCGAAUUUCCUAUCCGCUUGGACACUAAUUGGACACGAGUAUAUCGAGAUGAAGAACACCAGCGCUGCUAUUGAGGCCUAUCGUCACGCGGUCGAUCUCAACGUACGGGAUUAUCGCGCAUGGUAUGGACUGGGCCAGGCCUACGAGAUCCUCAACAUGUUCCUGUACAGCAUCUACUAUUAUCGUAAAGCUGUGGCCAUCCGUCCCUACGACGCGCGGAUGUGGUGUGCUCUGGGUGGCUGUUACGAGAAGCUUAACAAGGUGGAUGAAGCCCUUGCGUGCUUCCACCGUGCAGUCAAUAACCAAGAUCGCGAGGGCAUCGCGUCAUACCACCUGGGUCGUCUGUAUGCAGCACGUGGGCGGCAACACGAAGCUGCCAAAUAUUACCUCAUGCAUCUCGGUCUUCGCAGCGCUCCCGAAUCAGUUCUGCACGAUCAAGAUGAAAGAGUACAGCCAGUUGAAGAUCAAAGAGAGAUCCUUGUGCUGCCCGGUGGCAGUGGCGGGAACAUCCGCGUUGAUACUCCUCAGGCGCUGGCUUCGAUUCUCUCUCUUGCUAACUACUACAAGCAGUUGGGUCGGUUCACUGAAGCCACCAUCUUCUGCAACCGACUGCUGGAUAUGCAGGGACCAGAGAAAGAAGAGGCCAAAGCACUCUUGCGUGAGAUGCACAGUCUCGAGGCCGCCGGUAUGCAGUUUACUUGAUAUUUCUUAUCAACUCACGAUGUUGCCGAGAAGCGGCACCGGUAAAUCUUCUUUGUUGCCUUCUGUUGCUCGGAUAUGACAACGGAACGACGCAAUUUGACUGCACUCUGGUCACUAGAUGGACUUGAUCCCAGCCAAGAUGCUUCCAGUUCUCGUACAAACGCCCCGACAGCGUUACUUUGGUCUUCGAUCGCAACGUGGAAUUCUAACGUAAGUGCUUGAAUUUUUCGCAUUUGGACAAAACAUGACGCGAAGUUUGUUUGAUCUUGACCGCCACAAGCGAUUCCAACUGCCAGAGUCAUCUUUGUCAUCUUGGGAACGACAGCACACGACAAUAGUUCGCAGAUCGUGCGUGGUUCAAGAUGCAAUUGUGGCAUUCGCAAUGUCAAAUUUUCACAUUCUUGAAGACCAUCCUCCACAAGUCUUGCUAUAGACGAUCUAAUACCGUGAGAGGAACCAUCGCGAGUGUAGCAGCAGAUUCGACACGACCUUAAUACCGCGUAGUCGGCGAUGUGUAUGAUUGCAUCGGCGGCCUUCUUGUCCAUUGUUUGGCCUGGCGCAAUGUUGAACACAAUGUCGAGAUGUUUCAACUGUGCGAAGCCACUUUGCAACUCAGCAGACAGAGCACCAAGCAGCUUGUCUGAAUACACGCCACUGCUGGAGGACCAUUUGAGUGUUUCUAAUUGCUGGAGAUCCCAAGCCUCACCCGCAUGCCAAUCUACGUCCAUCGGUUCAGAUCCACUGAUACCGGUUGAAGAGCUGCUUAUUCGACUCAACUCUAGCCGUUGUAUCGUGCUUCCCGGCGUGAACAAAGCAUCGAGCCAACGUGAUUCAAUGGCAGCAUAAUUUGACCCAAAAUUGAGUCGUUCAAGUCGAUUGCUCACCUCCACGAGAGCGGCACGAACACUCUCUUGUGUCAUCUGUCGAUCACUUGAGGAUUCAGGUUCAGGGAAGCAGGACUCCAACGAUAACUCUUCGAGAUGUGGGAGACUACUGAGCAGUGGAUGGAGUUGAGUCGCACCAUCGAACCACAAUGUGUUGAACGAGAGAUCCAGCGUCUUCAAGUUACCCAGCGCUGGUAGGGAAGAGCCGGACUCGCUAGUUAAAAUACGCAAGAGGCUAGCGAAGUCACCACGCACAGGAAGAGAAAUCCCACGGAGGCUGAGUCGCUCGAGGCUUUGGCGAAGCACCGGCACUCGUAACAAUUGACACAGCAUCUGAAAUGCUGCAGCAUUGAAAAACCCAUAGGAGAUAUCCAGCUCCUUCACAGGAGGCAAGCCCUGUGUGGAGAAAAUGUCCACUAACACCUGGAGAUCGUCUGCAGAGUGAAAGCCUAUGCCAGACAAGUUAAGAUGAUGAGAUCCCUUCUUUACCACUAACAACGCAUUCAUGUGUUGCUUUGGUUUGGAGCCGUUCUCUUCGCACUGAAUCGAUAAAGGGUUAGUCCAUUAUUACAUGCAUCGUCUCGAAGGAAUCUCACCUUUUUAUGGUAGAUACUUCGACCUGACAGUGGGGCACUCUGUCCACCUGCAGCAAUAUUUCGUCCUCGAGGUAUCCGGCGUCGAGCCAAUUCGGCAGCAUCCCUGGCAAGUGCUGCGGUAUCCUCGUUUUUCUCUUCACGUGAGAGCUCUUCGAAGCCCAUUUGGCGCUUCAUAUCAUUAAUACCCACAUUAUUCACUGGUGCCACAGGGACAUCUACAACCGAGGAUAGUCUUUGAGCUUGAGGGUCGUCUGACUUGAGGCAGAAAUCUUCCCAAGGUGCUGCGUCUUCCUCGCAUGAACAACUUUGCGGAUCAAAACAUGUGCGGGUGACCUUCGCCAGGAUUGAGGCAGCAGCACCAGAUGCUCCGAAUACUACCAUCCCUUCAUGAGGAUCCUUCCCUGUUGUUUCCACUCGAUCGUAAAAUGCACUACUUUGUCUACGAAAGUCCUCGAGACAUCGAGUUACUCUCUUGUCUAGCGAUCCAAUGACGUCUCGAUCCAAUACAUCCAUCUUGCUGAACCAUUUCUCCAGCCAACUCUCCUUAACCAGAUUCCCACUCUCCAUCCGCUGGAAAAUGCCAUUCCCGUCGUCAAUACUCAGACCUG